UUUCAAUUUUAACCAAUGAACGAGUCAGGUAAACAUUUCUGCAGGAAAGCGAUCAUUUGGAUGAGUUUUGAUAUGUCCAUACGCAACACCAAUGUCUGUGUUGUGAAAAAGAUGAAGAUUAUGGCUGAAAAUGAAUACUUUAGUAUUGGCAGUAUAGUCGCCUGCACAACAUGUUACCAGCAGAAGAUACAAGGAGAAGUCAUGGCCUUUGACAUUGGAACGAAAAUGUUAGCCAUCAAAUGUCAGCCAGCAAGUGGUAAACACAGUGUACAUGAUGUAAAGCUGGUUAAUUUGUCAUAUGUAAGUGAAGUAAAAGUGCUAAAGGAAGCUGACAGGGACACAUCUCCACCCCCAUUGGCUAACCUUAAUUCACAGAAGAUCAAUGCCAGAUUACGAUCAAAUAUAGAAGAAAAGAAACGUCAAGUGAACUAUAUUGGUGUAGGAGUCACUCCAGAAGGACAGAAGGUUUUUAAUGCCAUUGUGAAAACAAUCACUGAUGUAAAAUGGGAUCGGCAAAAUAUUGUAGUACUAGAGGAAGUGACCAUACGACCACCAUACGGACUAGAUGACUGUAAAGGAAAAGAGGGUUGUCGAACUCUUGAACAUGUCAAGAAAAUAGUACAGAAGCACCUGAAAGAUUUGGAGACACAGAGGUCUAGUGACAAGUCACAUUCACCAUCUCCGGCAGCCUCGUCAUGAACCCCUUCAUCAGAUAUAUACAUACAUUUAUACAGUCAAACUAUUGUAACAAUAUUCAGUUAUCUAACAAACAAAAAAACUUAUUGACAGGUAGUGGUAUUUUAAGUGAGUCAGACAUUUUGACGUCUGCUUCCACAAAUGUGUUCGUGUAAUAAGGUUGUUUUUUUGAGAACAUAGAUUAAUACAGUGUCAGGCAGAGUGAAUAAGCUGUGAAUUAGGUAAAACAUGAGCUUUAAGAUUAUUGUAACAUUAUAUUAAUACUUUGAUACCCUAUACUUCAAAUAUAUGUAAAAAAAAAUAAUUCAGCCAUAGUUUUCUGAAAAAGUUAAUGUUUUAAAAGCUAAUUCUGAAUUAUUUUUAUCAUAUUUAUACACAGUUAAAUUAUAUUGUUUCCAUAAUCUUAUGGUCGGUUCUCGAAAGAGUUAUAAAACAGAAUGUCUCUGUUAUUUAAUACAAGGUUUAUACAUGGUACAUUUAUAGAAUACAAUGUUCCUGAACAAAAUAUGCUGCUAAUUUAAGUAUGGUUUUGACUCUUUAGCAAUAAUUUUGUGCAUUGGCCUGUUGCUUUUGAAAAAAUGAUAACUGGUGUUUUGCAUUUAAUAUUUAUCAAAAUACAAACAAUGAUGGACAUCAGAAAUAAAGCUUUAUGCUCUUUAAUAAAUUGUAAGGUAACUUUGUUACAUGGUUGUAUGUUUGUCUACAUUUACUAUGUAGCUAUUAUGUCGUUUUGUACACUCUGAAGCUGAGCUCUGAAUGACUGGACAAAAUACAUAUACUUGAAGUAAGAUUUAGAUCUCGACUCUCAGUACAGAAUCGCAUCAUCUGACAUUUCUGCCAUCUAACAAUAUUUAAUAUCACUGUAUUGGAAACUGUACAAGUGUAGAUUCAAAAACUGGCAGUAAAUAAUAACAAUCUGCAGGGACAGACUAAUGCCAUAAAAAGUGUUUCUAGAUUUAAGCCCAAGUUGCCUGUAUAAUUAAAUUACUAUAUCAUACAUUUUAAAGUGAGUCUCCCUAUUCAUUUUAAAGAUAAUUUUCAUACUGUAUUGUUAAUUUCUUAAAUGAAAGAGAAGUUAAAAAACAUGGGUUUUUGUAGUCAUGUUAUGAAAAAUUUAAUUUAAAAUGAAGUUAAACCAAGCUGAGAAAGGGCGGAAAGCUAACUUGGUGAUAUGUUUUAUUUUUUUAUUAUUUUAUUUUAGUUUGAUGAUUGCAAGUCUUUAUUUUUAAUAAAGUAACCAGUCGUUAUUUCAGUGAUAGUGAAUUUCUAACAUUGUCUAUGUACUGUUAUUUUUACUUAAAGAAAUGUAAACAAGAAAUGUUGUAGUAAUUCUAUAUAUAUUUGGACUUUUUUUAAGUUAUAAAAAAGGGGUAUCAAUCAUGAAAAAAAAAGUUGUGCACCUUUUUAAGGA